AUGCAAGCUGCCAAAAUAAUACGAAUUCGCGAGCAUUCCAAAAAUAAUCAGAAUGAGAGUAAUUCAGACAAUGUGGUUAUAUCUCAGGAUGUUGAACAACCACCUUCAUCAGCAAUGCAAGAAAGUUACGAUGAACCGACAACUUCUCAACAUAAAAUCGAACCCAUUGAUUUCCUGAACAAAGCUCAGGCCCUGCGUAAUAGUCUGCAAAAAGAUUUAAUGGGAUGUGAUGCGAAAUGGACAUUGUUUGUGGCCACCGCAUUUAGUUAUCGCAAUAGGUACAAACUUAAACCCUUUCCGCCAAGAUUUGGCCAUGCCAGCGAUCAUCAAAAUAUUGAUGCUUUAAUUUCUGUUAUCAAUGAUACACCCAAACUGAAUAUUGUUCUGCAUAAUCUAAUCGGAAGAUAUUUUGAUAAUGUGGAUCCUGAGGUAAUAGAGCUACUCUAUUGGAUUUUGAUUGAACAAAUGGAACCUCGUUUGCGGUUGGUUAAUUUUGAAGAAAUCAAAGAUACCUUGCAAAAUGUAGAUAUGCCGCAAAAGCCAACACAGAUCUUCGAAGUUAUGGCAUCAGAAGGAUUUCAUGCGGAUGUUGAUUUUCAGAAGAAAAUUUCCAAUUCGCCAACAAAGCUGGGAUUUUAUGGUUCAACAUUGGAUUCAUAUUAUUCAAUAAUUUAUAAUGGAUUUUCAGAUGUGACCGAUACAGGAGCCAUAAAUAUUUCCCUAAAUCUUGAGAGUUGUUUACAACAAAAUCCAUGUGGUGCCGCCUGGGGAGCUUCGCAGUGUGGUUCAUUAAUAUCUUGUGUGGCUGUGUGUGAAUUUGCUGGGGGUAAAUCGACAUCAACUGGAGAGGAUCAUCAGUCCUAUUUGGAAGUGGAUCCUCAUGCAAUAAGAAUGCGUUAUUUAUUAUUCUAUGGCAGCCGUUAUCCUUUGGAUAAUAAACCCGAACCUCUGGGCUGGAAGGCAUGGUUCUUACAUCACAAACGUGGUAUAUUAUUUAGCACAUAUAUGCUGGUCAUAACCACCAUUGCUGUGGUAAAUAGUGGUGACCGAGGCGAAUAUAUAAAAAAAUUAAUAACUAAAAAAUUUCAAAAUUUUUUAGAAUUU